AUGAGUGACGAGUAUUUAUGUGCGCGUUUUCAGGCCAGCGGAAUUGUUGCAGCUGGGCUUGGUAUUGCAGCCGUCGGCGUUUUGGGUCGCUUUGCGUUCAAGGCAGGCCAGCAGGUGUUUCAGACGGUGAAACGGAUCGACCUGAUUCCUCCCGGCGCGUUCUCGAAGUAUUACCGUGGAGGUUUCGAACGACAGAUGACGAGGCGAGAGGCGUUUCUCAUUCUGGGUAUCAGUCCUUCUUCGAGCAAAGAGCGUAUCCGAGAAGCGCAUAAACGCGUAAUGUUGCUCAAUCACCCUGACCGAGGCGGCUCACCGUACAUUGCGGCAAAGAUCAACGAAGCCAAAGAUUUCCUCGACCAGAAGUGA